AUGGCUUCCCAUCAUCACCACUUGCUGCUCCUCAUCAUGUUCAUCCUCGUCGCCUUAGCCACAACCCGGGCAUCCCUCGUCCCCGAAUCAUCAUCAUCAACCAUGGAUGAUCAUCUUCAAGCUGAUCCUUGGUCGCGCUGCGACAGAGUGGCUAGGUGGAGGAAGAAUGUCGAUCCCCACUGCAGUACUUCCCCAGGCAACAGCACCAAGAAGAUUGCAAGGAAGCUGCAGCAGAGAGAUAGGUACAUUACCUACCAAGCGCUGAGGGCAAACAGCAUACCCUGUGGGUGGAAGGGCAAUUCCUACUACGACUGUAGCUAUCGUAUUCGGGCUAACCCUUACACCCGUGGUUGCACCGAAGCCACCCGUUGCUUCAGGUACACCCAUUAG